UUUUUCGGAAUCUUGAAGGAGGCAGUAAAAAUAUCAAAGCAGUGUCAAUGAAAAUGCAUAUCUUUGAAAGUAAUGAGAUUAUACUUUUCAAGUGUUAUCCGUGAGUGACAAAACUCUACCGUGCGGUCAUAAAACAGAAAGGAAGGAUGGAAAAAAACAAAACAGAAAAAAACGGUAGCUAGCUAACUAUGUGAUUCACAUGAUCAGCUCCAUCUAUACAGUCAAGAAUUUGAAACUUCAGGCUGAUGCCUCGUCCUUUCCAGCCUGUCUGUAGUCGUCGGCUUCACGGGUCGGUGUUCGCUGGAAACCACUUAGCGACGCUGCGGCGAGCGAGGAAGCGGUCGCGACGUUUUCAAGAGACCUCCGAAGAAAAUGGUUUUCUCAGAAAGCCGAGUUCACCUUGCCGUCGUCUUACGACUGUUUACAGUUAGGCCGUCAAAGCCAAACAAAUGGCUAGCUCGCUAUUGAAUGUCGGAGAUAACGAGACGCUAGCUAACGUGAAUCGGCUAUCUUAGCUAUCAGCCAUCAGCUGGCAGUUAUCAGAAGAUGCAGUCUGGUUAGCUUCAUCUGUCUAAUGUCUCUGUAGCUAAAUUAUUCUGCUCUAGUUGUCUGUUUUGUGUUAUAACCAGGUGAACAAGCUGGGCCACCUAGCUGCUCGGCUAGUCGAACUUGGUAACUAAUCACAUGGAAAGCAAAUGAAGCUGGUUAAUGUUGGGUAGCUUAGCUAGCUAGGUUAGCUAGCAAACUUUAGCCAGCUUGCUUGUGUUGAAAUUAUCUCUGCUAGUUGGCUAGCUAACUGGCAAACUGGCAUCAGCUUAAGUGUUUUCGAAAAGCGCACUACGUCAAAUAAGACCAGUUCUACCAGUAAACAUGGCCACAGCUUCUGGGUUUUCUUCGGGCGUAAGUGGCUCCAGGAAUGGCCCGUCUUUCCUAUCACCUUCGGGGAUACCUGGACAGGCGCAGCCAAUGGUGGUUGUUUGGGAAUGGCAGGACGAUAUUGGUUACUGGCGACCUUACAGCGGGCAGGUGAGCUGCUACAUUGAACAAUGCCUUCAGCAUCAGCGAGGUGGUGGGCCAACCACAACAAGCAUCUCUCUAGGACAAUCAGACCCCAGCCUGGCCCCUUACAUUAUUGACAUCCCGAACCUAAAACAGUUUCGACAAGACACUGGAAAGAUCCGCUCGGUGCGCCGGACCCUGUUCCCGCAGUCCUCGGCCCUGGGCAGUGGUGUCCUGUGGGAGUGGGCCAACGAUGAGGGCAGCUGGACGACGUACGAGACACGUACGUCCAUCUUACUGGAGCACAGCCUGCAGGCAGGACAGGCCACAGCCGACCUGGCCCCGCAUGGGUACAACUACAUCGUGGACCUCACUGCCCUGGAGCAGGUGAAUAAGAGCUCGGGCUUCCGGCGGCGUGUCCGGCGUCAGGGUGGAGCCCCCUACCCGCUGGCCUCGGGCUCUGUCAUUCACUCGGGCCCAGCAUGCACGUGUCAGCAGUGCCUGAGCCAUGGAGGCACUGCCGCCGGCCCUGUGCCUGCCCGCUCCCGCCAUUCCUUCUCGGCCGGCCAGGCUGGCCGUCCAGGCCCCCAGGUACAGCAUGGCAGGGCAGCGUCCGGGGCCAGCCCGGCGUCGGCAUAUUCACCCUACCCCCGGAGGCCUCUCUCUGUUGGCAACAUGUCAUGGGGAAGCCCCUGGAGCCCAGCUACUACAUCGAUGGCCCAGGCCCCCGGGCCAGGGCAGGCCUACUCAACUGUGGCGAACGGCUUGAGCAUUCCAGCAAUUCCCUUACAGCUGAAUGGUUCCAGCAGCGUGAGCACAGCCCUGGCAGGCAUGGCUUCCAUUUUGAUGUCGGCGGCAGGACUGGGAGUUCGCUUCAUGGCCGCCCCAUCCCCCCAGCGCGGCUCCGGCAGGCCCAGCAAAGCCCAGGCUGACUCCGUUAGGAGGGCAAAGAGGCAGCCCAGGACAGCUGCUGUGUUGAAGCCUGAGGAAGUCAUUAAGAAAUACAUGGAGGAAGUGGCUGUUGUCCCUGAAGAGGACUGCAUCAUUUGUAUGGAGCGCCUGUCAUGUCCCUCCGGCUACGACAGCUCUGGAGAGGGCGGCCAGUCCCUGCAGCCCGGCGCCGUGGGCAAGUUCACCAAGUGUGGGCACACCUUGCACGCGCUCUGCAUGCUGGCCAUGUACAACAACGGCAACAAGGAUGGAAGCCUGCAGUGCCCAUCUUGCAAGACAAUCUACGGAGAGAAGACGGGCACCCAACCAAAGGGCAAGAUGGAGAUCUACAGCAUCCCACAGUCGCUGCCCGGCCACCCAGACUGUGGCACCAUCCAGAUCAUCUACAACAUCCCCCCUGGCAUACAGGGUCCCGAGCACCCCAACCCCGGUCAGCCGUACACCUGCCGAGGCUUCCCACGAUUCUGCUUUCUGCCUGACAACGAGAAGGGGAGAAAGGUGCUGGAGCUGCUGAAGCUGGCGUGGACGCGGCGGCUCAUCUUCACUGUAGGCACGUCGAACACGACGGGCGAGCCCGACACCGUGGUCUGGAACGAGAUCCACCACAAGACGGAGAUGAUGUCCAACGUCUCAGGCCAUGGCUACCCAGAUCCAAACUACUUGGACAACGUGCUGGCGGAGCUGGCGGCGCAGGGUGUGACCGAGGACUGCCUGAGGCGUGAUGCGGCCAGUCGCGUGCCGCCCGGCUCGGCCAUGUGAGGCAGAGGGGCUAGCUCGUGGCUGUGGGGGCCCGCUCAGUCGCUAGCCAGACUCUACAUUCAACAUGUGCCAUGUGAGACUGUGGGAAGAUUUUGAGUGUGUAUGAGCGGUAAUGUUGCCAGGAUUAAUUGAGUGUGAAUUUCUCAGUGAAACAACUUGUCUGUACACUGUGCUGUGUCAGUCUAUGCGGGGAAACAGCUUGAUUUGGUAUGAAGGAUGGGUAUGAAAUCCAGAGACCGGCUUUUUUGCUUCUGUCAGCGGUUACUCAUUUUUGGUAAUAGAAAACUUUUUACAUGUUAAAAUCUUUUAAGGGCAAGCAAAGGGACUUGGUCCUCCUGUGGUAAGCAGUGUGAAGUUCUAGGCCUCGUGAAUGCGCACGAACAUGUGGACGGUAGAGUGCUGAACAGGGGAGGUCGCUCCUUUCCACCUGCUCUUCCCAGCUUCCACGCUUCCCAGAGCUUUCUCGGGGAUAGAAGCGUCGCGUUCACCAUGCAUUAUCUGUCGCAAGAGGCAGCUAUGGUUUGGGAUUCAAACAUGCAAUUUCUCGGUAGCACUUUAGCAUUUCCAUGGCGACUAAUCGUAAAAGGAUUUCGGAGCUCCGGUUUACCUGCGUAAACGGAAAGCCUGGGCUCCAUCACCUAGCACUCGGUGGGUGAACGUGCCUCGGUGGGGCCAGGGGUUCUGCUGCAGUAAACAGCCUCUUUGCUCUGCUUCUCCCAGGCAUUGCCUUGUGUUUUAAUAGACCAGUUGCAGUACAUUGUAAAAUGACCACUUCCAACCUGAAUGGAUGAUCACAAUUUGUGUUGGCGCCACACUGGAGAGACGCUCCAGUACCUGGACUGGUUCUUCUUAGAAGCAAUCAAAUCACUUGGCAUCACCUUUUGAAAGACAGACAGGAAGGAAGGAAGAAACAAAAUACGUUAUAUAAUCUGUAACUACUGCACUUCAAUGCAAAUAGUUUUUACUAGUACUAUAAGAAUUGUAUUACAAAUUAAAGGCAUUGUUUAAAAUUGCAGCCAUGUUAAUUUAUGAUUUCUAAAAUGCUUUUUAUGGUUUAUGAUUUCUAAAGUGUUUUUCAGGUCUGGCUUCAUCACUUGCUGCUAAUAGGUAGUGUGUUUGAAAGCACAAGGGACUGAUUUCUUUUGUUCCAUCAUCUGGUCUGUGAAGUGUUACAUUGCCCUACUUUUAGCUGGUGAAAGUAUUUUUCUUUUUUGUCCUGACAAAUUACUAUGUACCUACGAAAUGCGGGAUACUCGAGUUCUCACUGGGACAGUACAAAUCCAUAAUGCUAAUACUAGAUACAGCAUUUCAUUUAAAGUGUCAGAAAUGGGCUGUUCUGCAAAAUUACAGUGCAAGUUGACGUUCUAGAAGGCGCCUUGGUGACAAUCAGCCUUGCUGGAGAGCUACAUGUAACACUGCUAAUAGCUUUCAGUUCAUCCACCUUUCUGUCCAUCUGUGAUGUUUGGUUGAGCAAUCAUGUAUGCAACUAAAUUUUUAUACACACACACACACACACACACACACACACACACACCCAUCAGCAAUAAACAAAGUCAUACCAGACAAGGAUAUUUCUUCCUGCAAUGCAUGUCUGCAAGCUGCCCAGCUAUUCAACAGCGGUCGCUCGCAACGUCGCUUGACGCCGUACUGGAUGCUAACAAGCAGGGCUAUUCUUCAGAGCUGCUCCAGCAACUGGAUCUUUGCCAGUGGUGCUUUGCAUGUUGAGUUGCCACACAUGGAGUGCACGGUAGAAUAGAAGACUCAUUAAAGUGACGCACAAAUAU